AAUCUUCCUGGCAUUGGUUACCAAACCCACGUGUCCUCUUAGAGGGAAAGGUCACUGAAAAUCAAUGCAAAGUUAUUCUGAGUAUUCACCUUUAUCCUAUGAUGAAACAUUUCUAUCCUCGUGGGAGUUGUCUCUUCCAGGAUGAUAAUGCCCCUAUCUAUAGGGCACGAGGGGUCAUGGUUUGAGGAGUAUGAAAAUUAUUGAGUCAUAUGCUAUGACCUUCGCAGUCACUCGAUCUCAACUCAGUUGGUAGACAGUGCCCUCCACCACCAACACCAAAGGAGGGAGUAUCUUGUGAGUAUGGUGUUCCAUCCCUCCAUAGGAGUUCUGGAGACAUGUAGAAUCUAUACCAAGGUGCACUGAAGCUGUUCUGGCAGCUCCGCGACCCUGCCCAGGAUAAGUGGGUAUAGAUAAUGGAUGGAUGGAUGGAUAGAAGGUUCUGAUAAUUACCAGUUGUUUCAUUUUAACCUCUUCUUUGAAGUAUGCUCAAACUUAUCUUUUCUUUACAUUACAUUACAUUACAUUACAGAGCAACUUACACAACUUUUAUAUAGCAUUCACCUGUGACCUUUAGGUUACAAGACUAGUUCCUUACCCAUUAUGCUACACUGCCGCCCCUUUUGAUGAGUAUCUGAUAUGUCAUAUCUGUCUAUGGUUUGAAAGGCCAGCAGCAUGUACUGUACAGAGAAUAGAGACUGUAAGUGCAGCCUAGGGCUGCGAGGGAGAGAGAAGCGGGCCCAUUGGCCAGAUCCCAGUCUGAAUCCCACUGAGACACACCUGGAGCUCAGGAGCAUGUACGUAACCCUACCUGCAUGGUCUCUCUAUCCAGGACAAAUGUCUUGGCUCUGCUCUGAGUGUGUGGUCUGGCUUCCUGCAGGCCCCUCCCCUUUAUAUGCAAAAACAGGGAGAUCCGCGAGCAGCAGCGUUACUUCCCUGUUUCCUUAUGUACAGCCAGGGGUGCAGCUGGCACUGGCUGGAAGUGAGUGGCCUUUCUGCACGGAAGGAAUUUCUAUCAACGGGAAGAUAACCGGUUCAGUCAGCACUAUGACUGAUGGGGACUAUGACUAUCUCAUCAAGCUCCUAGCUUUAGGAGACUCAGGAGUGGGGAAGACCACCUUACUGUACAGGUACACUGACAACAAGUUCAACCCCAAGUUCAUUGCCACAGUGGGAAUAGAUUUCAGGGAAAAGAGGGUGACUUACAUGUCAACAGGCCCCAAAGGAACGACCGGAAAAACAUUCAAAGUGCACCUGCAGCUGUGGGACACAGCUGGACAGGAGAGAUUCCGGAGUCUUACAACAGCCUUCUUCAGAGAUGCCAUGGGCUUCCUGCUGAUGUUUGACCUCACCAGCCAGCAGAGCUUCAUAAAUGUCCGAAACUGGAUGAGUCAACUACAAGCCAAUGCUUACUGUGAAAAUCCAGACAUAGUCUUAAUUGGUAACAAGGCAGACCUGGCUGACCAGAGGGAAGUACAGGAGAAGCUAGCAAAAGAACUGGCAGAAAAGUAUGGUAUCCCUUACUUUGAAACAAGCGCUGCCACGGGCUCAGAAGUUGAAAAUGCAGUGGUUGCUCUCCUGAACCUCGUCAUGAAGCGCAUGGAGCAAUGUGUGGACAAGUCAGUGCCAGAGGUGUCCAACGGCGGAAGCUCCAGCCAACCAGAGACAGCAGAGCCAGUGCGGAAGAAGUGCAGCUGCCUGAACACAGACCCUGAGUGUGAACCUGAACAUGGACCCUGAGAGUGACCUUGAACAUGGACCCUGAGUGUGACCCUGAACACAGACCCUGAGUGUGAACCUGAACACGAACCCUGAACACAGACCCUGAGAGUGACCCUGAACACAGACCCUGAGAGUGACCCUGAACACAGACCCUGAGAGUGACCCUGAACACGGACCCUGAGUGUGACCCUGAACACAGACCCUGAACACGAACCCUGAACACGAACCCUGAACACAGACCCUGAGUGUGACCCUGAACACAGACCCUGAGAGUGACCCUGAACACGGACCCUGAGUGUGACCCUGAACACAGACCCUGAGUGUGAACCUGAACACGAACCCUGAACACAGACCCUGAGUGUGACCCUGAACACAGACCCUGAGAGUGACCCAAACUGGUUUCCAUGCGUGUGACUGUCACACAGCAUGGGCGUGGCCAUGGGCCAGCCAUAUGGGGCUCAAAUCCAGCCUGCUUCAUGCGAUCCUUUAAGGUGGUUCACUCCAGUCUUAUAAUGGCACCACAUCUGUAUUUAUAAAAUACGUUAUUCUGCCCUGAUUUCUAAACUAUACACCUCCUCCCGAUGUUUCAUACUUACCCAUUAAUCUGCCCUUUCUUCCACUGUACUCCUGUAUGACAUUGAGACUGAAGCCUUUCUGCGUUGCCGCUUAAUUAUAAAUAUAGUACUGUCACUUUUUUCAGUCUUUCUCAAGUAAAGUCAUAGGUCAAAGUUGUUUGUACUAACGCAGUUGAUGGACAACUGCUGUAGAUAGGAUUGUCAUUAUGACAUAAAGAACAAGUAACCUGCCUAGUUUGAGAAUGUCUUAUUUUAAAAAGUUACUUUUUUCGAAAUCAGAGUGUAGUUUCACACUUAAUCUCUCCACUGGAAUAGAAAGCCAUCAUUUUGUAUUGGAUGUAAAAAAAUAUACAGUAAAGCUGGACAGAUAUGUUUAAUAAGCUAAAUAUUGUACAUGGUUGAGUCCCUAAAUGCAGCUAAUUACAUUAAUCCCUGUAUACCUUGCCUGGCAUGUUUUCUCAUUUCAUAAACAUAAAUAUGCCUGUUUUCACAUUUGAUUAAUAUUUUAGGUAAAAUAAUGAUUUAGCCAUAUUGAUGAUAAGGAAUUCAUCAUAACAUCGCUGUUGUCUUUCAUUUAAAUGGCAGAAUUAUAGACAGGCUAAAAACAGUAUUCUAGUUAGAAUGUUUCCACUGGAGUAGGGGACAAAUUAGAAUGCUAUAGGCCCUCGGACGCCUGAAUCGACAGCUGCUCUUUGUGCAAAUAAACUUUUCAAUUAAAAAACUGCAGUAUCUUCAACCAAGAGGCCUGACAAUCAAUUGUACUAAAAAAUUAAAAUAGAGAGUAACUCAUAUAAGAAAAUAUUGCACAUGGAGACACAUUUAGUGCUAUAACCACACACCCAAGCCCUACAUUUAGUGCUAUAACCGCACACCCAAGCCCUACAUUGAGUGCUAUAACCGCACACCCAAGCCCUACAUUUAGUGCUAUAACCACACACCCAAGCCCUACAUUUAGUGCUAUAACCGCACACCCAAGCCCUACAUUUAGUGCUAUAACCACACACCCAAGCCCUUCAUUGAGUGCUAUAACCGCACACCCAAGCCCUACAUUUAGUGCUAUAACCACACACCCAAGCCCUACAUUUAGUGCUAUAACCACACACCCAAGCCCUACAUUGAGUGCUAUAACCACACACCCAGGCCCUUCAUUGAGUGCUAUAACCACACACCCAAGCCCUACAUUGAGUGCUAUAACCACACACCCAAGCCCUACAUUUAGUGCUAUAACCACACACCCAAGCCCUACAUUGAGUGCUAUAACCACAUACCCAAGCCCUACAUUUAGUGCUAUAACCACAUACCCAAGCCCUAUGACAUGCUGUUACUGAAACAGUGUGAGUGUAAUAUUUUGUCAAAUAGUUUUGUUUUUGUGUUAUCAUUUUUUGUUUUCACAUUUCAAAGUAUACAACUACAGCCAAAAACAGAAUAACUGAUUCCUAAAAAGGUACUGUAUAUCAAUAAAGUUGUGCUUUUAAA